GCAAGCCGCAGCAAAGCUACAGUUGCGUGCCGCUGACUGAUUUCGUCCCUCGCAGCUGCAGUCUCGCGAGCAUUCCUGCUUGGGGAGCGAGCGAGAAAUGAUGGGUUAUCCACGUGACAGGAACAAGCAUGGGUCUGCGCGGACGGGGAUGGACUUGCUUCGGGGCCUCUGCUAGGGCAGCGGGCGGAUGGGGCUCGUGGCGGGUCCGGCUCUGUCUCUAUGGCAACAGCGAAGCGGCCUGUGCGGGGCGGCGUGGGAAGAGCACCAAUCCCUUUGCCGAGGCUCGGCGGCACGAGCAGCAGCGGCAGCAGGAGGAGGAUUGGAAGCGCCGUAACAGGACGGUGCUGACCUACCUGGCGGCCGGGGUCGUGGGCAUGGCGGGCGUGUCCUAUGCCGCCGUGCCGCUUUACCGGCUCUAUUGCCAGUCUACAGGACUUGGUGGGUCAGCAGUGGCAGGCCAUGGUUCAGACCAGAUUGAAACUAUGGAACCUGUAAAAGAUCGCAUUAUUAAGGUCACCUUCAAUGCAGAUGUACAUGCAAGUCUUCACUGGAAUUUCAGACCUCAACAGACUGAAGUAUAUGUGGUUCCAGGAGAGACCGCACUGGCAUUUUACAAAGCAAAGAAUCCUACAGAUAAACCAGUAAUUGGAAUCUCUACUUACAAUGUGGUGCCUUUUGAAGCUGGGCAGUAUUUCAAUAAGAUACAAUGUUUUUGUUUUGAAGAACAACGACUCAAUCCCCAUGAAGAAGUAGACAUGCCAGUAUUUUUCUUCAUUGACCCUGAAUUUGCAGAAGACCCAAAGAUGGCCAGAGUUGACUUGAUCACUCUUUCUUAUACUUUUUUUGAAGCAAAAGGACAGAAACUGCCACUCCCUGGUUAUAAUUAAUAGCACAAUCUCUGGACUCUGGAUUACAGAUCCCUUUGCUAUUUCAAUAUUCGUGAUCUACAGACUGCAAAAACAGAUACCCUGACACAAAAGAAAGAUGCUGACAAACUAUAAAAGAGAAAAUCUGCUUUAGAUACGGAGUAUGUACAGAUGUGUGACUUUUCUGAAUAUGUGAUAUUUAAUUUUGCACUGAAGGAACAUGAUUGAAUACAGUAAGGAACAGUAGACAAAUGAUUUUAAGUCUUAUUUUUCUCUCUCAAUACCAAUAUCUAAUGAAUUGGUGGUGAAAGUUAUGAAGCUCCUUGAAAAAACCUCCAAUUUUUAUAUGGUUAUUUAAAAUUCUUUGCAAAAAUGUUAGCUGGAGAUGGGGUACCAAAUGGAAAAAUAUAAAAUCAUAACUUGUUAAGGCCUGUGCAAUUCGGAAAACCAUGAAUUCAGACAUCUCCCCCCGCCCCCCCCUUGAGACAUUAGAAUGCAGGGCAAAUGCACUGGGUAGCCUGCUGGUGGAGGGGGCCUUUAACUAGCUUGCCAGCACUGGCAUGGGGCAGUGCAGCAAAGUUGGGGGGCUGUCAGGGAGUGACAAACUUCUCCCUGGGAAGCCCGUGUGGCUGCUGGAGGACACACGGGCUUCUGUAGAUUGUGGUCCCACACAGAGCUUCUCAAAUGAUACGUUCUGCGUGGGACUACAAUCCCCAGAAGCUCAUGUGUCCUCCCAGUCACCCUGCAGGUUUUCCAGGGAGACGUUCCUCACUCUGUCCACCCCACUCCAAGCUCCUGAACCUUGCUGUGCCACCCAGCUGCCCCUAUGCUAGGCAGCCAGUUAAAGGGCCCCCACCAUCAGUGGGGCUACCCAGGGCACUAAUGCCUCUUGACUGGGGUGGGGGUGAGGAACAGUAAUUCCAAUGAUAGAAUUCCCAAUUUUCUGAAUCGCACAGGCCUAUAACUUGCUUCUCUCCACUUCUUGGAGUUUGGUAUCUGUUCAACACUACAUUGAACACUACUGAUGUUCCACUCAAAUUAUUACAUCCAGAAAUAGGUAAACUUGAAUUCAAUACCUGCAUAACCAGCAGUAGCACCAUCCUGUAAACCCUGCCAGGAUUUUGAACAUUUACUAAAUAAAAUAUUUAUAUACCUCUUUUCAACCAAAAGCUCUGAGCAGUUUGCGUAGCAGAAGUUACAAGAAAAUGGUUUUCCCUUCCCAAAGGGUGCUUGUUUUGUUUUUGUUUGGAAAGAGGGACACAGCAACCGCCACUGGGAGGGAUGCUUUGCUGGGCUGAAUAAGAACAGUUUGUCUCCCCUUGUUAAACACAAGAGAGCCAUCACUUCAAAGGAUGCCUCUUUGUCCAGUUAACAUAUAAUGGAAUGUUAUGUUGAAACUCAACUGUGCCAUGCUGUGGCCUUUGUUCACAUUUUGCUGAAUCAUCUGAAACCAAGCCAAAAAUCAGAGGAAAGUGGUUCUUAAGAAAAAUCAUGGAGCUUAUUUUAACAAUCCUGUUUUUCGCCUCCCAGUUGUAAUGGCUAAAGGUAAAUCUUUCUUCCCGGCAUUCUGUUCUGUUCUUUCUGGACAACUUUGUGAGACUCAAGCUCUCUCUUUAUUUGCUUCAGAGUGUCAUAUUAAGCUGCAUUUCAAUGUGCAUACUACAAUUGUAUUCCUUAUAAUGCGGUUAUGUGUUGAAUGGUUAAGAAAAGGGCACUGUCAUCAUAGGUUUACAGAUUCACUAAAAAUUAAAAGGUUUCUGUCUA